GGAAAUUCCUCAGCAUACUCUCCAUCAGCUUGAUGCUGCUAGCUGUAGGUUCCUCCUCUCCGUACUCAAAAGAGAAAAGCAAGCUGAAAUGUCUUUUUCUGUCAUUCCGUGUUGUUGAACCGCUGCUGGUGAAAGCCAGAGGACCCAAAAUGUCUCCAGAUUUCUGCGGUGGAUCACGUCCUGAACAAGAGUUCUAGUGAAAACACACUGAAAACAUCAAGUCGGCACGUUUACUUUAGCACAGCCUAGUUUUUACAGUUUACCGUAUUUUCCCGUUAUUUUUGGUACCUUUAAGAGUGUUUUAUGCGAGUUAAACUAUGGCGUUCUUCGUGAAAAAGAAGAAAUUCAAGUUUCAGACCCAUCUUACCCUGGAGGAGCUCACCGCGGUGCCUUUUGUCAACGGCGUCCUCUUCUGCAAGCUCCGGCUGCUGGAUGGAGAUUUUGUCGCUACUUCUUCCAGAGAGGAGGUUCACAAUCACUGUGUGCGCUGGAGGAAGAGGUUUACCUUUGUGUCCAAAAUGAGCGCCAACCCCCACACUGGAGUUCUGGACCCGUCUGUCUGCAGGGUGUCAGUCAGGAAGGAACUCAAAGGAGGAAAGGCGUACACUAAGCUGGGCUUCACAGACCUCAACAUGGCGGAGUUCGCAGGUUCAGGCUCCACCGUGCGCUGCUGUCUGCUGGAGGGAUACGACACGAAGAACACACGGCAGGACAACUCCAUACUGAAGGUGAUCAUUGGGAUGACCCUCCUAUCGGGAGAUCCGUGUUUUAAAACACCUCAAAGCACAGCAAAGUCCAUCUCCAUCCCAGGACAGGAGCACACCCUGCAGCUGGACUGCAAGGGGGAGGGCACUGCUGAGACUGGACCGCCGGGAGGGGUUUCCCUGGGCCGAGCCUCCAAACAUCGGCCUUCCAUCAUCAGCUCAGGACUCCUGGAGGAAUCUGAGGUGAAUCAGUCGGUUCCUGCAGAAGCUUUCCAGUCUGGUCACUCUCGUAACUCCAGCUACGCCAGCCAGCACAGCAAAAUCUCAGGAUACAGCACGGAGCACUCCUGUUCCUCCAGCCUGUCGGACCUCACGCAUCGCAGGAAUACCUCGACAGGAAGCAGCACCUCCGGGGGCUUGUGCUUCACGGUUGACACCCCCCCAGAUGGGGACAAGGAUGCUGGACGUCCGGAGAGACCCCCUCGACCCCCACGACCGGUUUUACCCCCAAAUAGGCCUCCAAGGAGGAAGCAGGACUCGGUGGAGAGUCACCCCUCCUGGGUGAACGACACUCGCAUGGAUGCCGACGACAUUGUGGAGAAAAUCGUCCAAAGCCAGAACUUUGCAGACAUCAGCCACACUGAAGACAGCAACCUGCGCCUGUUCGUCAGCAGAGACGGAACCACGGCGCUCAGCGGCAUCAGGCUUGGAAAUGGGGUGCCUGCUGGUGGCUACGAGCCCGUGGUGAUUGAGAGCCAUUAAAGCGAGCAGCAGGAGAGCCGGCACGUGGAUCAGCACGUGGAUCAGCACGACCUCUUCUUUUUUCUUUUUCCUUUUUUUUUUUCCUGGAGCUUCAGCUGGUCUGACGCCAUGAGAGGAAAACCUCAUCAGUGUGCACUUUACGUGAAGUUUGUGGCAGCACUCGUGCUGCACUCCGUUAAGCUGUUUCUGUGACUUUUAAAGGGCGACAAAAAUGCACAAAAAUGUUUCUCCUGAGCUGCUGCUGUGGCACAGUAACAGCAGGUUUUAUAGAUUUAAAAAUUAUUUCAAGCAUCGAGCUGAUUAUUAAGCUUUGUAAUAACUGUACACUAAUCCAACGUUUUUUUUUUAGCUUCAGAGCUGCCAAAACUCCUUUAAAAUGCACGUUUAAGACAGCAGUAAUCGAUUGAACACUAACUGGAUGCAGUACGUACUGAAAACUUUCAUGUAGAUACAUGAAAAUACAUACUGCUGCCUUCAAAUACCACUCAGAUCGCAGUGAGAAGGGCAGAUUAUAUUCACAACUCUACUUCAGUGUUUGUUUCAUUUUUAUGGAAAAAAAAGUUCAUAUAUUUUUAAUCUGACUGUCCUGACACCAAAAUGAACUCCCGCCCUGAGUUGUCAGAGUUAAAUCUCUUUCAUGGCGUGGACUUCGAUCCUGAAUACACUCCUGAAGGAUAAAGUUAGAAGGUAUUCAUGAACCACAGCAACAAUGAGAUGAGACUCAGUGACUCAUUUGCAGCUUGCAGUUAGUAAAACUCUGACAGGACCGUCAGUUUUCACAUUUUUCAGCUGCAGAAUUGUGGUGUUUUUUUCAAACUCAAUACUAUUGAACUACCACAGGAAAAAAGAUAAUCAUACUGCUGUGAAAACCAGACUUUUAUAGUUACACGACUACAGCUGUAGUAUUUAUAGAAAAACACUUCUUGUAAACCUGUAGAAUAUCUAGCGUGUUGUGAUGAUUGUUAAUCACGUACAGGCGUUCGCCUCCAUAGAUUUACAUGCAUUUGGAGGCCCGGCUCUUCCUGAGCAAUAUGGCCAGCGUCUGAAUGCAACCAGAUCUCUUUGUAUACAUCUGUGGCUUAUGCUGAAAAAGUAGCAUGGAACACAGGUUAUUUUGGCUUCUUACCUAAAUGACGGUGGAAAAAAUCCAUCCUCUCUCGAGUAGGUGAAAAACACUACAGGGGUCGAGGUGACUCUCCGCCUUCAGUCUGUAAAAUCUCAACAGAGAUGUUAAACAAUAAUGCAGAAUCUGGAGACAGGGGACAGGAUCCCUGGUUUUCAUUUGCCAGCUAUUUUCAGCUCAGGCAGUUGUAACCAGUCAUUUCUGAGCCGAGUUUGGCUUUUUGCAGGUAGGCAGUCUUAACAAAUUAAGUCUCGAUCUUCAGUUUUUAGGAGCCUUCUUAAAUUUAUCUGCUUUCAUUGUUGGAGUUUAAACACUUAAACAGAAUAGACAGUGAGUUUAUUCAUAUUUUCUGCUGGUUAUUCUCAAAAUCCUGCAGAUCAGCUGCUGGGACGGUGGGUUGAGAUCACUGUGCCACAUUUCUGUUGCUGAAGACGUUAAAAAGAAUUAGGGAAAGAUUUUCAUCUCCAGAAGUCCUCAUCUGAGGCUCAGCAGCCAAGCAGGAUAACUCUCUGCGCAUAAAUGAUUAAAAAGAGCCUAAUCCGGAAGCAUCUGAUCUCCCAUCGAAGGCACCACAUCAACACUGAAUGUGAUCCAGAUGUUUAAAAAAAACAAAACACUGAGCAGAAACUUUUUGUUUUAGUUUGAAGUCGUUUCCUGUUGAUCAGGGAAAUCACUACAACCACUCUGUGCCUGUAAAGUUUCUCUUAAAUGACCCUAAAGCACGAUGAAAACGCUGAAGUCAGAGUGCUGGUGAAGAGAGAACUGUUUGUUUGUUUGUUUGUUUGUUUGUUUGUUUGUUUGUUUGGGGGGGGGGGUACUCACUUCAGCAUGCUAAAGUUUCGAGCUGCACUUUUGCUCACUCACAUGGACGAUCAGUUAAAUUACAUUUGUUCUGUCUUCAGAAAAACAGUAGUUCUGUGCAGUAAACUCUGGCGAUGGCCUUUUGCUGUGAAAGCCUCUGUCGCCCCCUGGUGGAGGGACAGGGUUUUGCAGGGUGAGAGUCCAGGCCGUCAGACUGCUUUGUUUAACAGCAGAUCAGCAGAGUUUCUGUGUUGCCAACCAGCGGGCUGGUUUUAAGCUUCUUUUAAAGAAAUUUUUCAGGUGCUCUACAAAGUUUUCCACCUCAGGAUGGAAAAUAGAUUUUUAUCCUAAAGAAAGAGUCUUAAAAUCUUAUUUUUCUUUUUGUAAAACAAUCAAAAAAGAUGAUAAAGCAGUGAAUUGCAUAAAAGUUGGGCCUUUACUAAACUAGUACUAGUAUGUUUACUAAACUCAUGGAUGAGUUAAAACAGGUCAUUUUGCUGAAGAAUAAAAUAUAUUUUGUUUUAUUAAAUGUGUAAAAAUAUAAUGGAAAUGCAUAGAUUUCUCAUAGCUAACCAGCCUGGUGAAACUCAGACAGUGAUAAAGGAUCUUAUCUUUCAUAUCCUCAAAGAGUGGUAUGCUCUUUUAUAUACAUUUUAACCAGUUUUCUUUCAGAGAGCUUUCAGUUACUCAAAAGUAAAAUACAUUUUUGUUUAUCUGAUUUAACAGGAACGAAAAAAGAUUAGAGACUCGACAGUUUUUAGAGUCAGAGUUGAUAAGAAAUCAUUUUUGUGUUUAGGUUUGGAGUUUGUAAAGGUGUCCUGAUGGGCUCUGAGAAGCUGUUUAGAAACGCCGUAGCUGCAGACGUUUAAGAAUUUAUAGUAAAAUGAAACCCUGAAAAACAACAAAUUGCUCCCCAUGUUUACUAUUUUAAAAGGUAAGAUUUUAAGACUCUUUAUCAGUGAACUUAUUUUUUUCCUGUUCUGCUUCACAUUAUGCUCAUUAUAGAUGUAAGUUUAUUAAUCACAUGGUUAGUUAUUCUCACAUUUGGGGAUGAACCACUGAGGUUUUAGUCAGAGUUUAGGGUCACCAGAGCCUUUUGAUUUAGUUUAAAGUGUUUAUUUAUAUGGUUUUGGUUCCUUUUGGAGGUUUGUCAUAAGCUAUGCACACAACUCGCCUCCCUGUGCUUUUGUUUUUCCUUUUAGCAAAUUUAACAAAUUCUUCUAUUAUAACGAAACUAGUGUAACCUAAAUUUAUAGAGACUGAGUUGGAAAUGUUCUUCCAAACACCCAAUAGUUACAAUGACUCUUUAUUUUUUUUGUAUAUUUCUUUUAAAAGAUGACUUCUAAACAAUAAAAAGCUAACCCGA